AUGUCCACUUCCACUAUGCCAGAACACGUCGAAAUCCGACCAGAUACGAGCAACCAAUCAUCCGACUCCCUAUCAACUUCAGACUGUUUACGAUUUAGUCAGGUGGUUGAAGAAGUGAUAGAAGAAGUCAGACGAGUAUAUCCGAACAUCCACACGACUUUACCAUUAAAAGAACUCUUGGAUCCCGCAGAAAAGAAACGGUCGAAAGGUGUCCCACGUCCCCAGAAUUGUUUCAUGCUAUAUCGCAAGGAUAUAAGAGCACGUUUCACUCGAGAGGGAAACGCAUUGUCUGUCGCCGAGUCGUCUCGGAUUGCUGCAGAAAGUUGGAGAAACCUCCCUCAGGAGGAAAAAAACUUCUGGCAUGCUCUAUACGAGAUCGUAAAAAUGCAACACGCAAUUAAAUACCCAAAUUAUAAAUAUCAACCAGUUAGAGGCAAACAGGCGAAAAAGGGGCGCGGCAUGAUGAUUGUCGACGGCAUGAAGAGAUCCGACAAAGACGACAAGUCCGAUAAAAGUGGUCAAAUGCAAUACCAAGGGAAGUUUUCUGCCACUGAGAAGAUUUAG